AUGACAAAAGCUGUAGCGCUGCACGCGGCUGCGCCUGAGCCGCUGCCGUCGCGGUUUUCGCAAGGGGACCAGCAAGAGAACGCGCAGCAACCGGAGCAGCAGCAAGAGGAGCAGCAGCAGCAGGAGGAGCCGCAGCAGUCACAUCAGCAACCACAGCAAACGCAGCACGGCCCGCAGGCACCCCUCUGUCGCCACUGGGGCCGCACCGGCAGCUGCCUCCAGGGCGCCGCCUGCCGCUUCGCCCACCCGGCUGAUGUCGUGCCCAUGGACGCGCCGCGCCGGCGCCACUGGGGCGGCCGGCGCGCCACAGUACGCAACCGCUCGCGCGCCACUGCGUUCAGGCGCCACCUGAUCGACGCGUUCGGCCGCGACCUGCUGCGCAGCGGCAGCGGGGUGCUCGACGUCGCUGGCGGGAAGGGUGAGAUAUCAUUCCAGCUGUUCAACCUGAACAGCAUUCCAUCUACUGUGGUGGACCCACGCCCGCUGCGCCUCAAGCAGUUCGAGCGGCGCGCAAAGCUGGGUAUAUACCACAACACGGGGCCAUACGCUUCAUACACUGAUGUGCCUCUCGAGGACCUGAGCGUGCGAGGGGGCGCGCCACCGGGCCACGCGCGCAUCUUCCUGGACAUGCCCCUGGUUGAGGCGCUGGGGCGGCUGUCGGCGGCGCGGCGGGUGCGCCUUGAGGGGCGCGAGGGCGUCGAGGGGGCCGCAGGGGAUGAGGCUGCCACAUGCGAAGUGGUGGGCGACGGCGGCAGCAGACCAGGGCUGGGGGAGCAACAGCAGCAGCAGCAGCAGGAACAGCAGGGGCAGCAGGAGCAGCAGCAGCAGCAGCAGCUGUGCGACGGGGCCCUAGGCACGCAAGAAAGCGCUGCAGGCAGGGGUGGGAGGGCUGCCUGCACCUCUCGUGGGCCAUCCUGUGGAGGGGGUGAUGACAGCGAUGAGGAGGAGGCCACGGACUGUGAGCCGGACUGGAGUGACGAGGCAGCCUGCCUGGCACGCGUGCGGCAGCUGCUGUCCGCCAGCCUGCAGCGCGCGGCAGCGGUGGAGUGGACGACGCACGGGCUACAAGAGCACGAGGGCGAGGCGGUGGCAGGGACGGCGCGGCGGCGGGGCAAGACUGCAGCGGACGGCAGGCAUAGUGCGGGCGCCAGCGAUGAAGAGGAUGACGAGGAGAAUGAGGAAGCUGAGGCGUUGCAAUGGCUCUUGCAGGGGCGAGAAGGCCUGGGCGCAGCUGGCGAGCCGCUGCGCUCGUGCAAGCUGGAUGAAACCACGGCCAGCGCCCGCGGUAACGGCGGCGGCAGCGCAAUCCCCGAGCCCAGCAGCGCCAUCGCUGCUGAGAACAGCGCCGCGACGGAGGACGCCCCUGGCGAUCCAUGCGCCCAACAAGCCCUAGACGCCCUGAUUGACCGGCUGCUAAGCUGCAGCUGCGUCGCGGCCCUCCACCCCGAUGCCGCGACCGAGCCCGCCGUCCGGCUGGCCCUCGCGCUGUGCAAGCCCUGGGCGGUCGUGCCCUGCUGCGUGUACGCCGCGCAGUUCCCAGGGCGGCGGCUCGCGAGCGGGGCGGCGGUGAGGACGCACCAGGAGCUGGUGGCGUACUUGCUCGAGCUCGCAGAGGGGACGGGCAUGGCGGCGCGCGCGGCGCCGCUGCCGUUCGAAGGGAAGAACGUGGUCGUGUGGUCGGCGCCUGCGCCAACAGAUGAGCUGGUCGAGGGGGCCGCAGGGGGCCUGGCCAACCUCAAAGUGUCCCCUUGUAACGUCAAAUAA